AUGGGUGUCGCCGGUCUGACGGGGUACAUCAACAAGAACCUUCGGGGGGCGGUAGCCAUGGAGGACCUGCAAGAGGGCGACACGCUGGCGAUCGAUGGAUCGGGAUGGAUGUUCCACCUCCUGGAGGGGCAAAGGGUCGACCACGGGGGCGACUACGACCUCUUGCACAAGACCGUCGUUCGCGAGGUCGGCCGGCUGCGGCAGGCGGGCCUCAAGCUGCUCGUGUACAUGGACGGCCCGACCAGAAAGAUGAAGGCCGCUACGAGGGAGCGUCGGCGGGGGCAGGACGGGGAGAAGCUCGCGAACCUCUACGCCUACACCCUGGACGGGGGGGGCUCGUUCGUGGGGCCGGGCCAGGCGCCGGACCUCAGCGCAGAGGCGUUUCCCCUGCCAAAGCUGGCGCAGAGGCAGUUCUACGCCUCCCUCCGCACGACCGGCGUCAAGAUCGUAGAAUGCCCUGGCGAGGCUGACCAGGAGAUCGCUAAGGCUAGCGCCGAGGACGGGACGGGGAGGACGUUCGCCGUCGGCAGCGACAGCGACUUCUUGAUCUUCGAGCGGUGCCGCUAUGUUCACUUCGAUGAUCUUGUGCUGCACCGAAGAGAAGAAGGAGACGGGGACGGGGGUGGGGUAGCGCAGGCGAGGGUGUGGACCCGAACGCGCCUGGCGGAGCUGUGCGGGAUCAGCGAGCGGCAGGUGGUAGAGUGGGCGAUUCUGAUGGGGAACGACUACACGCGGGAGCUGUCGUUCAGGGUCAUCGGGUUUGGUAGCCACCGGAGGCGAAGGCCGGAAAAGACGCUCGAGUACGUGCAGAGCAUGGGGCCCGGCGUGACGCUCGACGAGAGAAUAGAACGUACUGUGCGGCGAAAGUGGCGGUAUGGCGAGGGGGGGGGGACGUCAUCGUCCUCUGGCUCGGCCGAGGAUGAGAGCGGCGUCGCCGACCACGGGCGGGCAAACGAAGAUGACGACGACGAAGAGGAUGAGGAGGACGAGGACGAGGGCGAGGAAGAGGAUGAGGAGGAGGAUGAUGACGAGGACGAGGACGAGGACGAGGAGGAGGAGGAGGAGGAGGAUUUGGAUGAGGAUGGGGAGGAAUGGGGCGAGAAGGAGAGGGGAGAGGAAGAAGCCCUGGAGGCUUCGUCCGCCGUGAUGGUGUCCUCGGGCGUGUCGGUGGGAGCCGCCGAUCCCCCCGCGCCGGAGGAAGCUACCUACGAGAAGGCCGCGUGGGGGGUUACGUUUGUGGAGAGGGCGACGGCGAUGGAGUUCUCGCGCGCCAUGUACGCGCUGGAGCCGUUGGACCGAUUCCCUGACGACGCUGAGGUAACCGGCGCCGGCGCUGCCGAUGAGGACGAGCGUCUUGUCGCCGGGCUCGGGGGUGGAGGAGGCGCCGCCAUCUCUCCAAGCGGCGGAGGCGCUGCUGCUGUUGCCCUCGAGGGCAGUGCUGCUGCUAGCCGCCGCGGUCCCGGCGCGGCCUUCGGGACGAGGGGGGACGGCGGGGGCGACUCCACUGGUGCUAGCGAUGCCGGUGGGGGGGGGGGCAACCGGCAGGCGAGGCGACGGAGAGGGAAGCGGGGCGGCGGCGGCGGCGGCGGCGGCGGCUCGAAAGGGAUGGGACCGGACGAGUUCUUGAACAAGGCCGGGAUUGGCGGCAGGAAGAAGGGGCUCAACCUGAGGUCGGCCCCGAACAUUCAUCAGCAGAAGAAGCCCCUCACUAGACUGGACGUCGUAGAAGCCGAGCUUCAGGCGGAGCUGCUCAAGAGGCCCUACGGGGACGCCGUCUUCGAGGCCCUACGGCGGACACUGGAGCAGGAGGAGGCGGUAGUAGUACGAGGGGGGGCAGCCGAAGGCAGCGGCAGCUUAGGAACGAUGACGGGAAGUGAUAACAGCGGCGGGGGUGACGUCGUCACCGGCGACAAGGUUUGGAACCGAGCGCCGGGGGUGAGCGACGAGGAGGAGGACCUGCGGCUGGAGUUCGAGCGCGUGGAGGCGGCGGCGAGGAGGACGGCCCUGUGGGCUGUGGCGCGCGGGCACAGGAAGGAGCUGGCAGCCGAUGUCCGGGUGAAGUGGCCGGACGUCCUCCUGUCCAUGCGGUACCAGAAAAACCUCCUCCGGAUGUACCGGGAGCGGGAAGCGCAGGACAACCACGAGACUGCCGCUGCGGCCGCCGCCGCCGCCGCUGACGGCGGCAAGAGCUUGGCCUCUGUAAGGAAGCAGAGGCAGAAGGCGGAAGCCGGGGGCGGGGGGGCAGCAGGCAACAACAACAACAACAACAACAGUCCCGACCGAGGCAACACAGGAGGCGCGGACGCGGCGGGGGGGGCGACGCAGCCGGACGACUUAUCAUCGCCGCCCGUCGAUGAUGCCGCGGUUCCCCUUCCGAUCGACGCCUACCGGGAGGAGAUCCUGGAGCACGUCCGGAACAACAGGGUGACCGUCAUACACGGGGAAACCGGCAGCGGGAAGAGCACGCGCAUCCCUGUCAUGCUGGUGGAGGAGGCGCUAGACCUCAUCGCGGAGGAGGCGGCCGCGGUGGCGGAGGCUGUUCGGGAGGGGGUGCAGGCCGGAGCCGGGGGGGGGCGGGGCACCGGGGUUGGAGGGGGGCGGGGGGGGAGUGGAACAACCGGCAGCGGCGGAGGCGAGGAGGUGGGUGUGCAGGCGGGCGGGGAAGGCGGCGGCGGCGGCGGUGGCGCGGAGUCUUCCGCGGGCGGCACCGCGGCUGCUGCGCCGCAGGUCAAGCGGCCGAGGAUGUUCGUUUCUCAGCCCAGGAGGGCAGCGACGCGGGCGCUGGUGCAAAGGGUGAGGCAGGAGGCGGAGAGGUCUGGGAGGGGCUGGAGCGUCGGGCUGAGGCUCGGGCACGGGGUGCGGGAGGGGCCGCCCAAGGCGGAGGUGACGUUCGCGACGACGGGCUACCUGGCGCGGCUGCUGGCGAGCAACCCGGGUGUGCUGGACUCCCACACGCACCUCAUCAUCGACGAGGUGCACGAGCGGUCCGUGGAUACCGACCUCCUGUGCCUGUUCGCCAAGAGGCUGGUCGAAACCCACCCCACCCUCCGCCUCAUCGUCAUGAGCGCCACCCUCUCGGCCAACCUCCUCAGCAAGUACUACGGUCUCACGUCCUCCCCUCUCUUCGUCGGGUCGAGGCGAUUCCCCGUCAGGCAAGUGUACGUGAACGAGCUGGCCCAGCGUCUCUCCUAUCGCCGUGUGCUGAAGAAGGCCUGCGAGAGCAUCGAGCUAGCCACCAGCGACGCGACGGCCAGAGUCACACCCAAGGUGUUGAGCCUCCAGACGAACAUGGCGGUGCAAGUGGCGAGGGGGGUGGCGUCUCCGGGGUCCGCGGUGCUAAUCUUCGUCCCCGGCAUGGCCACGAUCCUCGAGAUCAUGAACCUCUUCGAGCUCAUCUCGUCCGCCCACGUCACCUACAAGGUGAUACCGUUCCACUCGGACUUGCCGAAGGAGGAAGUGAUGUCGGCGUUCGGGCCGGUCGGGGAAGGGGUCGUGAAGGUGGUGGUGGCGACGAACAGCGCGGAGAGCUCCAUCACCCUCCCGGACGUGGACAACGUCAUCUGCCUGGGCUCCUGCAAGGAGAUGGUAUUCGACCCGCAAACGAACCGGAAGACGUUGACGCCAGUGUGGAUAUCCAGGGCCUCGGCGGUGCAACGGGCCGGCAGAACCGGGCGCGUUCGGCCGGGCACCGUGUACAAGCUCUACUCCAGGGCGAUGGGGACGGAGAUCAUGUCCGAGCACGGCAUGUCGGAGAUCCUCAGGCUUCCACUAGACGCCCUCAUCCUGGACCUGAAGAACAUGAUGCCCGGCAGUCCAGUGAUCCCAAUAUUGAAGAGCACCGUGGAGCCGCCAGACCUUCAGUCCGUCCAUCGCAGCCUGGAGUCCCUGCACGCGAUGGGGUUCACGACGUCGCCGGACGAUGACGGAGUUCUGACGGACACAGGGCGUUUCGCGUCGGGGUUGGGGGUUGACCUGGAGCUGGGCCGCAUGGUGGCGCUUGGCGGGCGGCUGGGCGUUCUUAGCGAGGCGGUGGCGAUGGCGGUCGUGCUCUCCCACCCGCCGCCCUUCAUGAGGGCCUCCCACAUGGUCACCGGGGACCCCGACGAGGCCAAUGCUAUCGUGGGACGAUCUUUCCUUGCGCAGUCUGUGUUCGACCGCGGCCUCUACUCCGACACGCUCGCCUCGCUGCGGGUGCUCCGCGAGUACCUCGUCCGGGCCGUCGGGGGAAACACCCCUCAGAAAUCCUUCUGCAGGCUGUUCUCGCUCAGCUACCCAAAGAUGGAGCAGCUCGUGUCCACCCUCUACGCCAUACACAGCCGGGCCGCCGAACUUGCGGGCGAGCCGAUCCCGAUGGUGCCACGCGAUCCUGCUAGCGACCCGGACCUGGCCAACACUUUGAGGCUGCUCCUCGCCUGGACGUUCCCCCGAAACGAGGAGGAAGCGGAAGGGGAGGGCGGGGAUGGGGGCAGCAACGGGUUCUUCAGCAAGGAGGUCGACGCCGGCUCGGACCCGAUCGCGGCGGUGGUCUACUCGGUCACGCCGCCGACCAACGCGGAGCGCCAGGGCUGGGAGCACGCCCACAACGAAGUGGAUGGGAGAAAUAGGCUGCCGAUAGGGCAGCGGCGGGUGUGCCUCGUGAUGUCUCGGAGGUCGGCCGAGUCUCACCUGAAGAUCUUGAAGAUGGGCGGCGCGAAGGAUAGGCGGUCGUGGGCCGACGUCAAGGGCAAGAUUUCCAGUGAGGAUGUACCAGGCGUUGGUCAUGUGGAGACGGUGGACGUUCCCCUGACUAAGACCAACAUGAAGCUCUUCCGAGUGCUGCUGGAGGAGAGGGCCGGCUGCGCCUACGCGGUUACGGACGCGCCCAUGGUGCAGCUCGAGAUGUCGGGAGAGAGAGAGGCGACGAAGGAAGCGCUCCACCAGGUGUUCGGUGUAACCUCGCCGUUCGAAGGGGGUCGUGUCGGCGCCCCGAACCAGGUGAUUGAGUUCCCGAGGGGCAACAACAACGUGGAAGGGUGCAACUCACUCGUUGAGGAUGUGCCGCUGGGGGCCAGGAUGCUGGCGGCGAUGGCCAACGCCAACAGGGCGGGGGGGCGGAAGCUGCGCGUGUGGAACGACCCCAUCAAGAGGAAGGAGAAGCUGGAGGUCUCCCUCUCCCUCAAGCAGUCGGUGUGGUUUACCAAAGAAGGCAUCUUACCCUCCUCCUCCUCCUCCUCCUCCUCCUCCUCCUCCUCCUCCUCCUCCUCCUCCUCCUCGUCCGCGUCUCCAUCGGCCACGUCGUCGUCGUCGGCGGCAGAGACCGGCGGAUCAGGGUCACGGCCCCAGUCAGGGGCAGCAGCAGCAGCAGCAGCGGCGGCGGCGGCGGCGGCGGCAGGACCCCCGAAGAAGGAGAGGCGCAGGGUGGUGUAUACUCCGGCCAACUCUGUGUCUGCGUCGAUCGUGUACCAGGGUCGCAACCGACACGUGUACGCCGUGGCCAGCGGCAUCAUCCAGCUGCCUCACGGCAACGCGAUCUCGGAGGGGGUGACGGUGUUUCCGGUGGGGCACCACUGGGUCUGCCUGGCGCUGCUGUGCGCGGGGACGCCGAUUUCGGAGCUUCCGAGCCACAUGCAUGCCGACCUGGACAAUAAACAGAUGGACAAGGCGAUCGAAUUCUCCAAAACUUUCUGGUCGACGUCCUCAACGCAGGAGCGCUGGGGGAAGAUAUUCGACGACCGCGCCCUUGCAGAAGGCGGCGGCGGCGGCGGCGGCGGCGGGCUCUCGAAGAAGGAUGCCAAGGACGGCCUUGCCGACGGGAAGGACGAAGUCGAUGACGACGACGACGAAAACGACGAAGACGAAGACGAAGAAGAGCACGGCACGGGGGGCGGUAACGGCAGCGAUAGCGGCAGCGAUAGCGGCAACAGCGGCGACGGCUAUGGCUCUGCUCCCGGGUCCGCGGCUACACCGGGCAUGGUCGCCGAAUUCCAGGGCGGCUUCGACAGCGCCUCCGACUACCGGGGCUCCCCCCUGGCAAUCUUGAGGGAGGACCCGGGGCUGUGGAAGCUGGGGGAGAGGGAACCGGCGAGGCAAACGGCAACAGGUGUAGGGGAGAGCAGAGACGACGCUACUCCUCCAGAAGCGGUGGUGGCGGCGGCGGCGGCGGGAGACGGGGCUGCGCGAGGACGACCGUACGACGGGUUCGUGUACGGCGACCUAGCCCGCCUAGAGGCCGAGAUUUUCACCGCCACGGGCGUCGAGGAUGCCCUCCUCCAUCUCUGCCCGGGCGGGUAUGGCGGCGGCGCCUCUGGGGCGGGCAAAGGCGGCGUCGACGCCGCUGCCAAGAGGUCGUCCGUGCUCCGAGGCGUGCCGUGGCUGAGCUUCCUCGACGAUGACGGCGACGGCGACGGCGCUGUUGGUGACGUCGAAGGGAGGCUCUUGGUGUGGCGACCGCCUGCGGUGGUCGCGGAGGCGCUGGACGCCGACCUUGACGCCGACCCGACGGGCUGGCUGUCCGGCUUCGGUGGCGGCGGUAUUGAUGGUGAUGGUGGUGGUGGUGAUGACAGUAGUGCGGGUGAUCGGGGGGCGGAGGAAGGUUUAGAUGACGUGGGUUCGGAAUCGUGGCAGGGUGGCGGCGGCGGCGGCGGCGGCGGCGGCGGCGACAGAGAAGAAGCGGGGCGGCGGUGUCAACGGCAGCCCCCGAAGCACCCGUGCCUGGCGCAGUUCGAGACGUACCUGUCUCACCGCGACGACGUCGACUUCGCCGCCGGGCUUCUAAAGGCCGGCUUCUACCUCAGCUCGUACCUGGUCCUGGGA